CUCCCGUGACAACUCCCGCUCAGCACCGCGACAUACAGCACCAAUAAUGCGCGUCGUUAUCCUCUGCCUUCUGGUGGCCUACGCCGCCGCCCAGAACUCUUACCAGCCAGCGCCCACACCCAAAACUUGCUCGAAGACCUGCCCUGAAAACAGCGAGUGCGAAAUCCAGUCGUGCGAGGUGUGCGUGCCAAAGGUUCCUACCUGCAAAACACACAAGUGCAAGGAGAACGAGAAGUGUGAAGAUCGCCCCACCGGCCCCGUGUGUGUGCCACGUACCUGCGCCGACAUCAAGUGCGCCGCCGGCGAGCUCUGCAAUGAUCUGCCCGAUGGCCCCGACUGCGUGCCAGAUGUGCCGUCGUGCAAAGACUUCUUCUGUCGCCGCGGCACCAACUGCUACAUCCGUGAUGGCUCCCCCGUCUGCCUGCCCAACACGUGCGAGGUGCGCGUGUGCGCGCGGGGCCUGAGCUGCAUCGACACACCGAGUGGCGCCCUUUGCCGCAAGGGCCAGUCAAAACUUGGCUGCGAACGCAGAUACUGUCCGGCCAACACGAAGUGUGUCGACACGGAGCCUAUGGGCCCCCACUGCGCCAAGAUCUAAGUCGCCACCGCAACCACCAUCCGCCGUGGGCCGCGCUCGCCGCUGCGCCAUUUUUGCCGCGUGUUUGGGUGGCUGUCACGCCUGCCAGCCGCAAACGUGCAGAAAUACAGAUCACGCCACUUC